AUGUCAGAAAAAUCAUCAAUUUUCAACUCUCCCAAACUUUACUCUUUUGACUACUUUGCUGCCUGUACAAUUGGUGGCCUGGUCGCAUGUGGUCCCACACACGCUUCGGUAACACCAUUAGAUUUGGUUAAAUGUAGAAGACAAGUAGAUGCGUCGUUGUACAAGUCAAAUUUAGACGGAUGGCGCCAAAUUGUACGGAAUGAAGGUUUGUCCAAAGUGUUUACUGGCUUUGGUGCCACGUUCAUCGGUUACUCGUUUCAAGGUGCUUUUAAAUACGGUGGUUACGAAUACUUCAAGCACCAGUAUUCACACCUGGUUUCCCCGGAAACGGCCCACAAUUACAGAACGGGGAUCUUCCUUGCAGCUUCUGCAUCUGCUGAAUUCGUGGCUGAUCUUUUCCUGUGUCCUUGGGAAGCCAUCAAAGUCCGCCAACAAACGGCUUUACCUCCCCCAUUUGCUCGCAAUGUGUUCGAUGCGUAUUCCAAGAUGGUCAAAGCCGAGGGUUUCGCUAGUCUCUACAAAGGAAUCACCCCGUUGUGGUGCCGUCAGAUCCCUUACACGAUGUGCAAGUUUACAUCGUUUGAACGUAUAGUAGAGUCGAUAUAUGCCAGAUUGCCCAAACCCAAGAGCGAAAUGUCGAACUUGGCCCAGAUCGGAGUGUCGUUCACCGGUGGUUACCUGGCUGGUAUCCUGUGUGCCGUGGUGUCGCACCCAGCCGAUGUGAUGGUGUCUAAGAUCAAUAACGAGCGUCAAAAAGGCGAAUCCAUGGGCCACGCUAUGUCUCGUAUCUACGGCAAGAUCGGAUUUCCAGGACUAUGGAAUGGACUUGCUGUCAGAAUUUUGAUGAUCGGUACGUUGACCAGCUUCCAAUGGUUAAUCUACGACUCAUUCAAAGCAGCUAUAGGCCUGCCUACCACUGGAUAG